AUGCAAACCGAAGCCGCCGUUCGAUACCACUGCGCUCACAUCCGGGAUCGAGUAGCGCAACAUCUCGUUGCCCAGCUGCAAAAGCUCGGAGACCCAGAGAAGUACCAGGCCACCCUCGAAGAGUAUCUUGGUGCGGUGCGGAUGGCGCGGAUCGCUGUGCCUACCGGCAAGACGUUCGUGGAUCUGACAAUAGUUUGUCCCUUCAUGCCUACCUAUCUGAAAGAGGAUGUUGUCUCCAGGGAGCAACGUGCUCUCGCUAUCCAUGCAAUAUGUACGUCUCCAAAGACGCUUGAUGCGAAGCUGACGCUAGGAAAAGAUCUCCUGCGCCGCAUUAUGCGAACGACGCUCGCUUUCGUACCAAUUUUUGCUCCAGUUGCUGGAGUGGCCUGGAUUGGAACUGGCAUUCGCAAUGCAACACGCAAGUUGGCUUCCUUCUUCCGGAGCAGAACAAUUGAAAAACUGCGUCUUCGCCAACCGCCUUCAUGUGAGUUGAAGUGGGAGAUACAGAACAAGGGCUCAAUUUGA